UAAAAACUCCAUUAUUCGAGACUAGACCAUAAUUGUUUUUUCUUCUUUAGAGGAACAAAAAUUGUGGAGCAAAACCCGCAUUGAAUGCCACGCGAUGUGGUGUUGUGAGCCAUUGUCUCUGCCACAACUGAGCUGACUUUAGCAUUGCCUGCUCCCUGCUCACUCUUCCUUGAGUUAAUGCUCUUGCUGUCACCUUUUAACUCUUUGGCAUGGAAGUAAUUGGAACUUUUAUGUUUUUGAAGGCUACCCUUUUACACCUUUCAGGUCAGCAUCCUCUCUCUCACUCCUUCUUUUCUAUAUAUGCAAACCAGGACCAACUAAUCCUUUACCUUAGACCCUAGUCUUAAAAGUUUCCAAGGAGAAAAUAAUAAUAAUAAUAAUAAUAACAAUAAAGAAAUGGGGAGACCACCUUGUUGUGACAAAGCUGGUUUGAAGAAAGGUCCAUGGACUCCUGAAGAAGACAUCAUCUUGGUAUCUUAUAUUCAACAACAUGGUCCUGGGAAUUGGAGGGCUGUUCCUACAAAUACAGCGUUGCAUAGAUGUAGCAAGAGUUGCAGGCUUAGAUGGACUAAUUACUUAAGGCCUGGGAUUAAGAGGGGAAACUUUACAGAUCAUGAAGAGAAAUUGAUAAUCCACCUUCAAGCUCUUUUAGGCAACAGAUGGGCUGCAAUAGCUUCUUACCUUCCUCAGAGAACUGACAAUGACAUUAAAAACUAUUGGAACACUCACUUGAAAAAGAAGCUGAAGACGAUCAAUGGCAGUGAAAGUUAUUCUAGAGAAGGGUUUUCAUCAGAAAAACACCAAAUUUCAAGAGGCCAAUGGGAGAGAAAGUUGCAGACUGAUAUCCAAAUGGCUAAACAGGCUUUAGCUGAUGCAUUGUCACCAGAGAAAUCAAGUGGUUUAGCUUCAAAACCAAGAGGAUAUGCAUCAAGCACUGAGAAUAUAGCUAAGUUAUUGAAGAAAUGGAUGAGAAAUCCACCAAAACCUGUUUCAAGUGAUAAUAUGGGAGGGAUUGGGACUCCAUGGAAGGAACACAAAAGCAGCAACAGCAUUGAAAUGUCUGAGGUUUUUGAGUCAUUGGAAGUGUUUGAAUCAUUUGAUUCUUCAAAUUCUGAUUUCUCACAAUCUUUGUCACCUGAUCAAGCAAGCCUUUUCCAAGAUGAAAGUAAACCAGAUGUGAAUGAACUAGGGCAACUCACAUUGCUUGAGAAAUGGCUUUUUGACGAUGGUGCAAGUCAAGGGAAAGAUGACCAGCUUAGUGAUAUCAAACUAGAUGGAAAUGCUAUUUUUUUCUAAAAAUGAAAUGGGGGAAUUGUUUUACAGACUUUUUUUGGUGGAUUCUUUUGGUCUUAGCUUAUUUUUUUUUGCUAUAGAUCUUGUUCAAUGAAGAUAUCUUGCAUUUUAAUUAUGAGAUGAA